AUGGCAGAGACGGCUCCUUCCCCCUCAGCGGCUUUUCGCUUCCCCAACGAUCCACUUCUUGUCAGGCUGCUUGAAGCCGCCAAGCGUGUCGGCGGCUCUGAGGUCAUCAUCGAGGACUUCACGGGUUUCAGAAAGACAUACCUAGAGCUUCUGGCUGACGUCUUGGAGACACGCGAUCAGCUCAAGUCGCUGAUACCAUCCUCUAAUUUCGAUGCAAGAGGCCUCCUUCAUGAGGAGAAUGUAUACGUCACAGCUCUGACGCGAACCGGCUAUCAAUAUGUUGUUGCCUUCUAUGCUGUCAGAGCAUUGGGAGGGGCUUACACGCCGCUAGAUCCCAGAGCAUCUGUUGAAAGACAGGCCUCGGUCAUCUCCAGAGGAAAAGCAAACUGUGUGUUGUUCGACAGGGGUUGCACUGCGGAGCUUGAGCGCCUGCGCGGCUACGUAGACGAGACCGAGGGGAAAUCAUUGGUCACGGUGCCUAUCCCAUGCGACUCGCCUGCGCUGCCGGAACUCAACAUCAGUAUUGAUGAGUCCCUCCAUCUGGACCCGGAUGGUCCUGGGUACGUCUGUAUGACAUCGGGCACCACCGGCUACUCCAAGGGAGUCGUGAUCCGGCGAACAUGCCUCACAUCUCACCCGGUUGAUUUGACAUCUGAGCCGCUUGAGGAACAGGGCGGUGCCCAAGUCAACUACAACGAGAGCCACUGGCUCGGCGGGGCCAAGAACGUCAUCGAGAGCAUAGCCCUGGGCAAGAAGGUGUUCGCACUCGAGUGCCCGGCCGGCGCCAGAGCUGUGCUUGAUGUCUUCCAGCGCGAGCGGAUCACCUAUUUCGUCUUCAAUCCAGCGCUUCUUCGGGGAAUGCGAGAUAUCCUGCUGGGCGACGAGCAGCUCACAAAGGAAAAGCAGGAGAAGUUUCCGGCCUAUUUCAGUGGGUUGAAGUUCUUCCUGUGUAUUGGGGGUCUGGUCGACCAACCGACGGUCGACUUCUGGGAAGCAGUGAUCGGGCGCCCGCUGCAGAAUCGAUAUGGCGCCAGCGAGCUGACAGGACUCGUUACGACUGGACUGACCAAGAUCAAUGGCUCCGUUGGAAAACUUUCGCCUGGCAUUGAAAUGAAGCUGUCAGAGGGGAGACAUGGCAGAUUGUCCAUCAAGUCUCCCAACAGGUUUCUAGGCUAUCUCGGCGAGCCAGAAAAAACACGGGAGGCCCUCGAUGAGGAAGGGUACUACCAUACCGGAGAUAUGGUGGAUUUGAGAGACGACGAGCUGCUUUUGCUCGGACGUGAGCGGGAUGACUAUAUCGUUUAUGGCAACUCCUGGACCUCGGCCAUCAAGGUGGAAAAUUGCUUGAUGGGGCUCUCCUACAUUGCUGUGGCCUGCGUUGUUGCCGUGCCCGUGGAACAAGGCAAACAGCUAUGUGGUGCUGUUGUCAGACUCAAGAAUGGCGUUGAGCCGGAGAAGAUUACGCUGGAUCGAGUCAGAGCAGAUCUUCAGGCCGAUUUGGAUGUCACCAGUCUGCCAACCCUUCUGCGACUUCUGGGCCCGCAAGAGGAUCUACCACGUACGGCCACAGGGAAGCCUAUCAAGUAUCAGGUCAUGGAGGACUUUUUCUAUGCGGGAGAUUGUGGCCGAGACUGGUUUGCUGUAGAGAACCCGCCGCAUGAUGUCGAGUUCUGCGGCUUGCCUAUCGCAGUGGCUGCGUAA